AUGAGAAGUUCGAAUCAUUUGGAAAUUCCUAUGGAAGAAGUGAAUGAUUCAAACUGGAAGGUACUGUGCUAUAAAAGGCUGCAGGAUCUGUGGGACACAGAUUUUGGUUCUUCAGUUCAUCAUACCAGGUUUAUUAAUCCUGAGUUGUACAACGUUAUCCGUGAUAAGAAUGCUGGUGUGAAUCAGUUUCUGGACGUCUUAGAGCAAUUAUGCAGAGAGAAUCAACUUAAUUGUGAAACAAUCUUAGAUAAAGCCACUGCCAUGGGUGGUGAUUCGUUGCUUCAUGUUGCAGCUGAAUUCGGGAGAGAAAAGAUAGUAGAGCUUCUUGUUGAUCACAACGUUUCUCUUCAUGUGAGAAACAAAAGAGAAGACACUCCACUUCAUGUUGCUGCAAAAUCGAAGAACAUUGAGGUGAUGAAAAUCAUUUUGUCUGGAUUUAAAGAUGCAGAUCAUAAAGACAAGUUUAUAAUGUUACCGAACAAGUUUGGGACAAGAGCUUUGCAUGAAUCUAUAUUGAGCAAGCAUCGUGAGGGCUUUGAUUUCAUAUUAAAUGAGCAAAGUGAAAGUACUUGGCCUCUCUACUGGGACACUCAUCCAGCUGAAUCACCAAUAUGUGUGGCACUCCAGAGUGGGGAUGUGCAAAUUCUUGAUCGUCUCUUGCAGAUCCCGUUCCCUAAGGACAGUACCAUUCAUAUGUGUCGAGGAAACUCUCCACUUCAUGCCAUCAUAUCAGAACGCAACACUGGUAUGUAUCAUCCCCCACCUUCUAUUGCUUAUUUGUUCUCUUCCCCUAUUUCCAAGCGAUGGUUCUCCAUUCCUAACAGUAUACUUUUGCACGUAGCUCUGUUGCAAGAGAUGGUAGAUAAAAAGGAAGAGCUAAUGUAUUUGAGAGAUGAAGCCGGAGACACUGCCCUUCAUUGUGCAGCAAGUAGAGGGUUUGUCCAAGGUGUUCGUAUACUGUUGCAAAAAUCCAAGUUUCUUGCAUGGGAACGAAACUCAAACUACCAUCUUCCGAUUCACCUUGCUACCCAAAGUGGUCAUGUUCUGGUGGUCAAAGAAUUGCUUGCCAUGGGAUGGCCUCUGACCAGGUUUUUUCUCAACGGUGAAGGCCAAAACAUUCUUCAUGUUGCAGCAAUGAGAGGACAAAACAAGAUGGUAAAAUAUCUAUUGACGGACCCCAAGAUGCAUAGUGAAAUUGUGAAUGAAAAAGACAUCAACGGAGACACCCCUUUGCAUUUAGCUUCGAAAAGAUUGUGGCUUUGGUCUCUGCUCAUUCUAUCAAGACACAAAAUGGUCAAUGUGAAUCUUACUAAUAAUCAAGGCUUCACAGCUCGAGAUAUUAUUCGAAUGCAGUGUAAAAUUCCUAUGACAAGUCGAGAGCUUUUGGCUGAUGCAAUCUUACAAAGAGCUGGUGUGUUAAUCCAAGAAAAUUUGUUGCGAGAACAAAACCUUGCAUCUGCUGGUAUAGAAUGCAAGGUGAAAAAUGCAGCUAACACACUCAUGCUUGUGGCCAUACUAAUAGCCACAGUGACAUUUGCUGCUGGUUUCACAUUACCAGGUGGGUUUUACUCUUCUGAUGACCCAUUUGAUGAACAAAGAGGUAUGGUAGUGUUGGCCGAUAGAAUAUUCUUUAAAGUGUUCAUGACUUUCAAUUCAGUUGCUAUGCAUACCUCCACUCUCAGUUGUGCUUUUCUUAUGUGGGUCUCAUUCAAUGAUUAUCAUUUCGCAAAAAGAGUAUUUGAGUUUGCUAAGAUUCUUUUAGCUAUGGCUCUAAUAACCAUGCCCGUGGCAUUUUUUGCUGCCAUACGGUUGGUUGUGAGCAAUAAUACUUUUCUUGCAGAUGCUGUAAGUGCCAUUGCAUUCAUCUUCAUUUUUCCCAUCUUAUUUUCUCUUUUUUUGGGAUGGUUUCCUCUUGGAACUCGUGUUCCUCCAUUUCGUCAACUUGGAUAUUUCUUAAUUAAGAUUUUCCUUUUCUUAUUUUAUGGAAGAAAUGAUACUGAAUUGUCCUGA